ACAAACAUCACGAAGCUGUUAUCGUUGUCGAUGACGAUGUUGAUGAUGAUGAUGAUGAACAACAUCGACAACAUCGUGAUGGCCAUCCUAAUAACCGCAGUGAUGCAUCCUCACCCGAACAAGAUGAAAACAGAAAAGAAGAAAACGAGUUUGGCAAAAGUAGACUUGCCUGUUUCUCUCGCCGGUUAUCGUUUGAAUGAUGUCCUACAUCGGGAACCUAACCACUCUCUGCUAAUCAUACUGGCAUUCGUGUUCGAGAGAGAACAACGAGUUGUAUGAAUGAAUGAAUGUCAUGGCCAACAUCAAUGUUCAAUGUCGAGACAACCAGGAUUUCACAUUCAGUCAGAUCCUUAGAUGAGCCAGACAUCGACGUCAAUCGUUUGUUUUUUUUUUGACGAAUCUCAACACUGAAUCACCAUCAUCGUCUGUCCUCGUGUCAAUGUGUUCCUAGCUGGUCCAAAUUUGUCUGUCAUUGUCAUUGAAUCAAGAUCCAGAUCCAUCACAUCAUCAAGACUAAUUUUCAUCACCAGGAUCAAUGAACAACAUGAAGAAUCUUCUCCUGUUGUCGGUGGCUUUGUCGUUUCUACAACUGCUGCUGUUGACCCCAGUGCCACAUAAUGCCCAACCAUCGUUAAAUGAAUCGACCAAUUUGCAUCCUGUAAGCAGAAACCAGGUCGUCAGAUCAGACCAGUCUGGUUCACCACCACCACCAUCGUCCAGCACAUCCUACUACACGAAUGAUCUUUCUGCCUUCCUAUCAUCGGUACCCACCGCCAUCAAAUCACCUUCAACUAGCAGCGCCGGAAAUAUGGCCCAGUAUCAAGCUCUGCUCCAGGCAUUGGCACAAGCGGCACCAUCCUCAUCUUCGUCGCCGUCUUCUUCGUCGUGGAUGACCUUGCCCACUAGUUGGUCUUCGAUGGUGAUGACCAGUCCAUCGUCAUUCAUGUCCAUGUUACGGCCAAUGUCGUCACCGAUCGGAGGUCGUCGUUCAUCGUUGACCAGUCGUUUGCGUAACAUAAUGAACGCCAUAUUCUACAGAAGAGAGAACAACAACACGCCGAUGAUGACUUCGGGAUCCUCGUAUUCUUAUUCGUAUCGACCAGCACCCUAUGGCUUUGGUAAUAAUAAUGAAAUGGCCGCAGACUUUAGUUCCCUUGGCAGCUCACCACCAGCUUACCUUUCUAGCCUGUACAAUUCAAAUGGUCCAUCUGCUGAACGUUACGUAACGGGCUCUGGAUCGAAAUCGUCAAUGCAUGGUGCUGCUUCAAGCUAUCGACCAUCGUUCGUAGCGGUGCCAUCAUCAUCGUCACCAUCAUUCAUGUCUGCUGGUCAGUGGUCAUCACCGAUCGAACGACCACAUGUUUCUGGAUCAAUGCAAGGCUUGUAUGGUCGAAAUUAUGGACAUGCUGCUGCUUAUCACCACCAUUACCAACCACAACAAUAUCACCACCACCAACAACACCAACACCAACAGCUAGAACAGCCGUCUUAUCAUCAUCGGCCACAAAGCUCGUACGUUCAUCAACCAGCACCACAUCAACAAUCUCAACACUAUGGACCGUCCAUGUCUGAAUCGGUACCGUCGAUAGCCAGUGCUUACAAUGGCCAAAAUGGCAACCAAUGGUCAUCGCCAUUACAGUCGAAUGAUCGGCCCAUGCAAUCAGGUCAAGUUCCAAUCAGCAGCCUGGAUGGCCCAUUCAUAGGACCCAACAAUGCGAUCUGGUCACAAGGUCAACAAGGCAGCAGCAGCAGCAGCAGUAAUAGUCAUCAGCCACAACAGUCACAAUCGUCAUGGUCGUCGUCGAAUGUCCAGGAUAACGGUGGCCGUGAUGUUUACAGCGACAACGGAUCGCGAGACGAAGGCGCCAGUUACUACACGUCGAACGUAUUCCAAUCUCGAAUUUCAUCAUCGCCAUUAUCAUCAUCAUCAUCACAGUUCAAAGACCAAUCUUCUUCCUCAGCAAUGAUGCCAUCACCCACCUAUGUCGGACCGAAAUUUGACAACUAGCGAAUCCAACAACAAGCAUAUUCGAUGUUCCUCUCUCUCUCUCUCAUACUUGAACUGGACUUUUUAUUCUCUAAACACCCUGUGUAACCCAUAUUUAUUCUUUUUUUUUCGUCUCAGCCAUUCGAAUAACUGUAAUCUUAUUCAACGUUAUUCAUAUAUGAACAAGGCCUCUGUUUUUCUCUUUCUUCGAAUCGGAUUACAAUUGUUCUCUCAUUCUCUUUUGAAUCCUCAAACUUUUUUUACAUUUUCAAAUUUUAAAACCGAAAAAAAUAAACGACUCAAACCAA